CUCACAUACCUCACAUGCUCACAUCUCGGAAAAUACAUCUUCUUCCUGAUAGAGUCGAUCAAAACUGAGAGUCAGUGAGGAAACUUUCAGAGAGUUUCAGAGCACUGAGCUGAGCAGGUCAACACUAUGGGUAAGAUAGAGUGGGCGAUGUGGGCCAAUGAGCAGGCUCUGGCUUCAGGACUCAUUCUGCUCACUGGAGGUAUUGUGGGGGUGGCCGGGCAGUUCAGGGGCUGGGAGUUUGCCGCUUAUGCUGUUGCUGCCGGAGUGUUUGUGUGUCUUCUGGAGUAUCCCAGAAGCAAGAGGUCCAAGGGCACGAGCAUGGAGAGAACGGGUCAGCACUGCUUCACUGUGUGUGUAAAAGCCUUCGGGCCGUUGACAAAGAACUACUAUGUCAGAGCAUUUCUGCAUGCUGCAAUCUGUGUUCCUGGAGGUUUCAUGCUCGCCACAGUCCUCGGAUGCGUCUGCCUCGGCAUCGCCAGCCUCAUCUACCUGGCUGCAGCUAUCCGUGGUGAACACUGGGAGCCCAUUCUUCCACGGAAGGAGGUUCGAAAGCCAGCAGAGAGCAUGAAGAACCCUCCUCAGAAUCCACCUCCGAGACCUCCUCCAGAGAUGCACAGGAAACGGGUGGACGACCUGGAAGGAGCAGCCUAUGACAACCCUUUCUCUGUUACUGAAAAUGAGUAACCUGCCCUGUCCCCCAUCCUCUGUAUGUCAUCCAGUAUCUGCAGUGAGAGCUUUGUACGGUUAAAACCAGUCACAGUGGGACAUCACCAGGUUCUGUGAGUCUGGAAAAAUAAAUUAUCUGAGGUUUAGUAAAGCUGGUGACUGAACAACAUCCUUUAUACCUGCAGAGAAAUACAUAUAUACAUAUGCAUAUUUUACUUUUGAACAAAAGACAGAGGAGAUACAUGUAAAUUAUGUCGCUUCUUAUAGUGUAUUAUUCU